AUGCUUUCAAAUUUAAUGUCAAUUACUUGUAUACCAUUAUUUAUAACCAUUUUAUAUGAAAUAGAGGUAAAACCAGAGUUAGAAUAUCUUUAUAAAGACAUAAUAAUAGCCCUUUUUGAUAAAUAUAAUGUUUAUCUCAAGCCGGUAGGAAUAAAACUGGUUUUAGAAGAUGCCCUUCCAUAUUCGUUGUAUUCACAAGAUGCUGAUUACAAAGAUUUAAUAAAAUUUAGUGGCACUGACAACCUAUCAGGAAUGAUGAGUGUUUUAGUCAACAAACAAAAGAACAUUUUACUUAUUGCCUCGACGCAAGUGGAUCAAAGUGAUGUAUAUUUUAAUUUAAAAAAUCCAUGUGCUAGUAAAUACAUUACAACAUUUAAUAAAAGUAAUAGUUUAGAAUUAGAUACAAUAUCAUCCAUUUAUGGAGCUAUAGAAAGAUAUUUAGGCGAAUUAAUGAGCACCAAAAUACCAAAAACAUUAGGAAUUGUUAAUUUAGGAGAUGCGCAAAAUUUUUCACAAAAUUUAAUUAACAAUGGGUUUAUUGACAGGGUCCAGAACUGUUCAGGAAGAAAUAAAAUUUUAAGCAACAAAGAAGAUCUUUUUGAACAAUUUAAAGAUAUAGGAGAAAAAAUUCCAGAAAAUUUGGAAGAUUUGCCGACCACUGAUCAAGAUUCAAUUUCCAAUAAAAUAAUAGGCAAAGAAGAAAAUUUUGUAAUAAAUGAUACGCGUGAAACGUUUCAACCAGAAAAGUCAACUUUAAAACGCGAAAAAGUACCAGGUGGUAAAAAUUCGAAACCAAAAAGAUUUAAAAAGUCUAAAUCAUUACAGUAUUUAAAUAGACCAAAAAAGAAUAAAAUAUAA